UCCGUCAGAAAGGGGGUUGGGCUUUGGAGGGAAGUUCAGUGAUUGGUUUAAAUCUUUACAGACUCUAAACCAAUGAGCGACUGACACUCUAGUUUAAAGACAGUAUGUGGAGACCAGAAAUCUCAUUCUGUUCUUUCUGUCUGCGAGAGUUACAGUAUCUGAAUUAAAAAUGAGUGGAAGAGGCAAAACCGGAGGAAAAGCAAGAGCGAAGGCUAAGACUCGCUCAUCCAGGGCAGGACUGCAGUUCCCCGUCGGCCGUGUUCACAGGCUUCUCCGCAAAGGUAACUACGCCGAGCGCGUCGGUGCUGGUGCUCCUGUUUAUCUGGCGGCUGUGCUCGAGUAUCUUACCGCUGAGAUCCUGGAGUUGGCUGGAAAUGCUGCUCGGGACAACAAGAAGACCCGCAUCAUCCCCCGUCAUCUGCAGCUGGCGGUGCGCAACGACGAAGAGUUGAACAAACUUCUGGGCGGAGUGACCAUCGCUCAGGGCGGUGUGCUGCCCAACAUCCAGGCUGUGCUGCUGCCCAAGAAGACCGAGAAACCCGCCAAAUCCAAAUAAACGGACUCAAGUCUCUUAUUGUAAUUCAAAGGCUCUUUUAAGAGCCACCCAUUUUAUCAGACACAGAGCGCUUUUUUUUAACUGUUAUUUAACGGUUGUGUGUUGUACCAUACAGUUAAUAAACUGAUCACUAAUGCAAACUA